AUGGACGCGGGUACCGGGUACACCCGCGGUAACGUACCCGAGGUGUCCCCGGGUGCGGGUACGGUGUGCGAUCCUCGCCACACCGCGACUACCGCAUACCCGCCGUCCGGUGUGGCGGUGUGGCGCGGUGGUGACCCGCGGCGGUGUUGCCAAAAGAGGCAACUCCGCGAGCGCCCAAACGUGGCGCUCGCGAGGUUGCCUCGCCUCCUCCCAACCUCCUCCCUCAACCUCAGCAACGACGCGGCUUGGACUCGGGCACGCGCGGGCACCACCACGAGCGUCCAGCGCGCAAACGCGCCCGACGGAUGGACCGCAGGUACGCCAGCGGUGGGCAGGCGAGGCGAGCACCCCAAGGCCAGGGACCCGGUGAGGACGGCGAGCACGGGGAAAAGGCGGGCGCGUGCUCAGCGACGAGGGCGGAUCACGGGCGCGGACGGGAAGGGUGCGGACGGCGAGCGGAUCGCGGGUCUCUCAACGAGGUGCGUGCAGACACACGCGAGCGAGCCCACUAACGCAGACGCAGGACACGGCAGCGUGCAGCGCGACGCACACGACGACCGCGAGCACGCAGGGCCAGCGCCCUGUGUGCAGGCACGGCCGACGAAUGCGCGGCGGGCAGACAACCGGACGGGCGGGCAGGCAGCAACCCACGCCAACCGCGAGCGUGUUGGACGAAUGCCCAACACGCAGACACGGCCGACGAACCAGCAGCCGACGAACCAGCAGCCGACAGACGGGCAUGCGCGCGGCGGAUGCCUCGCACGCAAGCUCGACCGAGGACCGUACCGCGUGCGUGGAAAUAAGACGGGCGAGGGCGAGUGGAGCACGGCGGGUGAGGGCAAGCGAGGACGAGUCGGCGGCGACGUGCAGCACGGAGCGGGCGAGCGGGCAGAAGGCGGAUGGGAAAGCGGGCGGGCGAGCGGACGGGCGGGCAGCCGACUGGAUGGACGGGAGAAAGGGCAAACGGGCGGGCAAGCAGGGAGACGGGGAGACGGGCGGGUGGUCGAGAAGACGGACAGCAAGCUGAAGGCGUUGCGCGAGGAAGUCCGAGCGAAGCUCGCCGCAAGUCAAGAGCGGAUCAACAAAGCCCUCGAGGAAUCCAAGCAACUCGAGGCCGACCUGCUGGCAACGGUCGACGCCGCACUGUCCGAGGCCAGCAGCCGCAGUCGGUCUUCUCGCACGAAGACCACCCGGACUGAGUCCUCUCACCGCGAGGACUCAGCCGGAGCACUCACAGAGCAGGCGCCGUCCGACCGUGAGGUCGAACAGGCACCGCGCGCUGAGCAGCUCGAGCCCAACGUCGAGCUCGCUCAGAGCCGCCCGGAGACUGAUUCUCCGCCUGCUACCAGCCAACCGAUGAAGUUCGGCACCACUCGGAGGAGUGGUGAGCGCGCCGAGCUCGACGACGUAGCCGUAGUCGAGCUCGUGCCCGGAGUGAACGAGCAGCGCCAGGAGCUGACUCGCAUUAGCACACGGGAGGGCAUAGGCACACAGUACUACAGUAGUACUGUGUGCAGUGGGAACGAGCCCACGCGUGUAGAUACGCCCGUCGCGUGCUCAGAGAUGAGCCGCGACACAAAAAGCAUAUAUUCGUUGUCGAAUGACGUGCGAGCCUUGUCGAGCAGCUUGCUCGACGCGACGCGCGACGCGCUCGACCCUACGGGCGUCGAGCGUCACGGGUCCGUGGCGAGCGGCCUGAGUGCUAGCGCCCACCGCACUGCGCUCGACCGCCACCACCGACUCCACGUCCUCGACCACUCCCACUCUCUGGGCAGCCACCUCGAGCGCCCGUCUGGCGAACCAGACGCGCGCGGGGCCCCAACGCGAGUGCGAACUCGCGUUCGCGAAUGGCUGUCUGACUUGCCGCCAGUCCAGUCAGUGGCGACCGACGACCUGGUACUUCACGGUACCAGAUCACCACCUCCUUCCUCCCCGGAUCCUCGACUCUCCCCUCUCGUCUCGCGCCUCGACCCCUACCGCGGCUCUGGCGACACGCAACGCAGCCGCGUGAUCCAGGACUUGAACGAUGCGCGUUCAAGUCCCGCGCCGAGUAGCAGGACCGAGCGGACCACGAAGGACGCGGAGCGAGGAGAGCAGAAAGAGGACAGGGAGACGGGGAGCGAUAGCGAGGAGAAGGAAGGAACAAAGGGACAGAGGGAGGAAGGGUGCGGGGCGAGCAGGAAGCACGAGCCCGAAGGCUCGACUACCACAGGUACGUACUCACUGUACGUUCCUGCAUCGCAGCCCCCGCUUCCCGUGCCCGCGCUAGCAGGCGUAGCGACAAACGAGAAGCUCGUCGUGCAUCCUGCUAGCCACGAAGAGGGCAACCACGUCCCCAGGUACGACUGCGAAGUCGUACCUGAUGUUCCGUGUGGCAGCACGUCUGUGCUGCGGGACGACCUCCAGGUCGUACCCUCCAUACCCUCUGUACCUGCGCCAGUAGGCGUACCGACGAACUCAAGGCUCGUCGUGCGCACUACUGGCCACGACUAUGGCACUACUGCCCUCAGGUACGACUGCGAAGUCGUACCGGAUGUCCCACGGGUGCUGCGUUAUGACCCUGAGGUCGUACCCGGACCUUUCACCCUGCAAGGCGAUACGACGGACGCGCAGUACUGCACGUCCGACGUGCCCCACCAGUCCAUGACUGGCUAUCGAGUAGCGGAUACGCCCCAGGCGGACGUAUCCACCUCGAUACCUAUCCUCUUGGCCGUGCCCGCACCAGCAAGUGCAGCGAAGAACGUGAAGGUCACCGAGCGCGCGGCUGGCCAUGAGGACGGCAGAUCCGCGCUGCAGGACGACCUGUUGGUCGUGUCUUCCGAUCCGCAAGGCCGCACACUUGCGUUAGGGGACGACCGCGAGGUCGUACCCUCCAGUUCGCAAGGCUGCGCGAUGGAGACGCAGCACUUCGCGUUCGACGUGCUCUGUUCCGGUAACAACGACCGCUUCAUAGCGCACACACCGAAUCUACUACUCGAUGUGCACGCUAUUGACCGGCACGAAGGGUCGAAAAGUGAGGAUACGUCCCGGAGGAACGUACUCACUUUGACACAUGCCAGGUCCGCGCCUGCCAGGGCGUCCACACCAGUGAGUGUGACGACGAACAGGGAGCCCGCCGAGAGCAUCGCCCGCGACUCGUCGGGCCACCGUCUCUUCAUCGCUGCUCCCAUGAUCACGAGUGACCAUGAAGAUGGCACGUUCGAAUUACGAGACGACCCAAUGGUUGUACCGUCCGCACUGCAAAGUGGUGCACCUGUACUAGUGGACGACCGCGAGGUCGUACCUUCCAUCUCGCAAGGCGGUACAACGGACCAGCAGCGAUGCAGGUCCGAGGUGUUCCAUUUAACCUCGACUGGCUGUGACGCGGUGUUCACUGACUCCUUGUCGGACAGUAGCAUCGCGCUAACAUCGGCGUCCCAAGAUGGAUCGCACUUCCGUGAGGAAGUGCAGGUCUCUGGCUGCUCCGACGCAGCUGAAUCCUCUGUGGUUCAGUUGGCCAAGCCAUGGGACGACCCCGGCGACCCAUUUGGCGACGCGCUCGACUCCACAAGAUCUUUGGAAGGCCGACCGCCGCGUAUGGCCUCGCUGCGAGAGGCUCGGACCGUCCCUUGGCGAGCACAAGUAGUUCGCACCUGCACAGAUGAACCGCCUGCGGUUCAACUGGCAGGCCCUCCGGACGGACUCGUUAUCACCUCCGAUGGUCAUCAAUUCCGCGCGGACGCCUCCCAGGAGAACCUGCACAUCCUCCAGGGCGUGCAAGUCUCCGUCUCGGGCUUAAAGACAGCCGAACCCUGUGCGGUUGAGCUGGCAAGCCCCGAUCUCGACCUCGACUUCUCCAGCAACCACUCUCUCCGCGACCCCGGCGCCCCGACGAGCGCGCAGCCCGACGAUCGCGUACUCCUGAAGAACGCGCGAGCUCGAGCUCGCGACCCGACUGCCGCACUGCCGGUAGUGCAGCGGCCGGCGCUUACGAAACCCGAUACGCCAGACCGGUGUCCCGACCGUCAACCCGGCGAGAACUUUACAGUUCUCGCCGAGGGCUCGCUCCUAGGGAACCCCACCCAACGUUCCAUCGACUUCUCCAUGGUUUCCGACACCCAUGGCGACUACGACGGGCACCACGAGUCGGAGAUCGCACGCGAACCCUGGGGGACGCGCGUAGGACCGAAUGACGGUCAGGGCGGGACGAGGGCGAUAUGA